AUGGAUCCUGAGGAGCAUGGUGACUGCUCGGACAAAACCAUAGAUCAGACCCUGCCUGGGAGCCCAGGGCCCGGCCUGGGAUAUUACUAUCACUACUCUGCAGGACUGGGCAGAGACAAGCACCAUCCCAUGAGCCCAGAUCCCACCAUGAAGGACUUUGAAAAGCAAAUCACCGAGCUGAAGAAAGAGAACUUCAACCUGAAGCUUCGCAUUUAUUUCCUGGAGGAGCAGAUCCAGAAAAACUGCGAGGGCAGCAGCGAGGAACUGCAUCGGACCAACAUCGAGCUGAAAGUCGAGGUGGAAAGCCUGAAACACGACCUUCAAGAAAAGCAAAAAUUACUUUUGAAAGCGUCAAAAGCGGUGGAAAGUCUAACCGGGGAUGUGGGUAAAAUUCAGCUAAAGAAAGUUGAAGUUGAGCAAGGUCAUGACUUGUUAUUCCAGAAGAUUCAAGAUCUUGAAAAGGAGCUUGAGACAAAAAACGCGGAAGUUGAUAAAAUUGGCGCCUUGCUGGACCAGGAAAGAACCCAAAGGUUUGACACAGAAAAUAGACUUUCAGCAGUCGAAGAACAGUACUCAAAAACAGCAGCCAUAUUGGCGGAAAAAGAUUGGACAAUUGAACAUUUGAAUGAAACUCUGGAUUCUAAAGAUGCUUUAAUCACUCAACUCAAGACGCAGCUGUCCAUCAAACCUUCUCCGGCGAAUUCUGAAGGAAAUCCUCCAGAAAAACAAGAAUGUUUGGACACCAGUAAAAACAAUGAAUGUGAAGAUGAGCCUGAUUAUAGUCAGCUCAUUUUUAGCCUUGAAGGAGAAAAGAAAAUGUUUACACAGUUCAUAAAGUCGAUGGGAGAGUGUAGGAACUUGCAAAAGGAUCUUGAUGCCAUUGCUGUGUUGCGAAGACAGCUGAUUGAAAAUAUCAAGGCUAACCAAGAACUAAGCAAGAUACUGGUAGAAAAGAUAAAGUCGCAGAGUAGAGAUAACGAUACAUUUUCAUUUCUUGGAGACCAGACUACAUAUUUAAGCCUUGAUCACCUAAAUCAAAAUGUUGACCUUAUGUUUGAGUUACAGGACAAGACAUCAAAAGGAGCCAUGAAAGACUACUCCGAUGGAACUGGUGGAUAUUCCAACCAGUGUCCAGUCAACAGCAACCAGACUGUACAUCAAGGGUUUCACAAAAUAUUGGAAAGCAGAAAUACUUUAGAUCAAUCUCAUAAAGCAGAAAGUGAUAGAGAAACACGAUUGGACUGUCAGAAUCCAGCACCAAAUAUAAGGGAAAGCAAUAUUGAUAAUAAACACUUCACCACACAUGGUGAAAAUUACUCCAGCUCAGAACAUCUUGUGGUUCAUCAGACUGAGACUUUUUUUAAAGUGAAUGGUCCUUCUUCAGAUAAAGAUGUAGAAAAGCAAACCAAGAGUAUAGGCAUACAAGUUGAAAUUGAAGACCUGCAAGAGAGAAGCGUUGUCCUCCCAGCUCUUAAUAUGCAAAUGGAAAGCUGCCCCCAAAAAACUGUUUGUAAUGAUAAAAUGUCUACACCAGACAAUCAAAAUAGAGGAGAUGCAGAUCCAUUGGUGGAUUCUGGGACAAUUGAAAGUCAUACAGAGAACAACCAGUUAAGUCCUAAAGAAAUAAAUGGUGAACAAAAUGAUUUAAAUAAGCUUUCUAAGAAAUCCAGACUUCCGGUUCUACUGAAGUCUUCUGUAUGCAUGUAUUCUCAUGAAAAAACUCCAAAGUGUUUGUCUGACGUACAAGAUAACUUAAAAAUUCAAGAGGAGCUACAAAAUUACAAGAGCCAAAUCCGCAAACUGAGUGAAGAGCUACAUUAUGCGUAUCUCGAGAUAGAGCAAUAUAAGAAAGAUGAACACUUGAUUAAAGAAUGCAGUAGUGGAGAAAACCUCCGUGAUUAUUCUGCUGAUGGGUCAUCACACACUCCUUCACGCCUGGUUCCUGGAUAUCGUAUGUGGUCAGACCAAAAUGGUCGCCAUGUACUUGGCUUGCUAGAGGAUUACGAUGCUCUGCAGAAACAGAUUCUGGAAGGAAGGGGUAUGCUACAUGAAAUAGAGGUCUGGUUUGAUGAUGGUGUAAACACUGCAGUUUCAAACAUUGCUGAUGAUUUUGGGAGCAUUAUGUAUGAGAAAAUUAGAAGGACGACCCAGUCUAUGGAGGAGGCCAUGCGUUUAAUGAACCUUUUGUGGAGAGUUUCCUUACCUUUACGUGUUCCUGAAAUACACAGUGUCAGUGAGGAUGAAAAAUUGAGAAUGGAAAUUGCAAGACUUAAGAUGGAUCUAUUUGAGCAGAAUCAGUUUUCCUCUCAGAUGACAAAUCGUUUUUAUUCGGAAAAUCAGAUGGAGGACAGUAUGAGACUUAUUCUUGAACAGGUUUCAAUGACUCACAAAAUCUUAAGGAAAGCUAGACAUAACCUAGAGAGGCACCCCGUCAAUACGCAUCACUGA